UUCCAGCUCUUUAGGACUACACGAGAAGAGUUGUAUAGAUUACUGUAGUUGUGUUGUCUGCAGGUGUGAUCAGAUAUAGUUUAUCCAGUUGUAAGGCGCCGCCUCUCCCGCCAGAACACGUGACUCAGACGAACGCGCCGUUGAACGUGACGAUGAAGCUGACGUUCAUCAUCCUCGCGCUUGUCGCCGUCGCAGUUUUUGCCGACGAAGAUGACAAAAAGGAAAAUGUCGGAACCGUAGUGGGAAUCGACCUGGGCACAACUUACUCCUGUGUUGGUGUCUUCAAGAAUGGCCGUGUGGAAAUCAUUGCCAAUGACCAGGGUAACCGUAUCACUCCAUCCUAUGUGGCUUUCACCAUUGAGGGUGAACGUCUCAUUGGGGAUGCUGCAAAGAAUCAGUUGACCUCCAACCCUGAGAACACUGUGUUUGAUGCCAAGAGGUUAAUUGGCCGUACGUGGAAUGACCCCUCUGUGCAGCAGGAUAUCAAGUAUCUGCCUUUCAAGGUAAUUGAAAAGAAGAGCAAGCCCCAUAUUCAGAUUGAUGUUGCUGCUGGCCAGACAAAGACCUUUGCUCCUGAGGAGAUCUCUGCUAUGGUCCUCACAAAGAUGAAGGAAACUGCUGAGGCCUAUCUUGGAAAGAAGGUUACCCAUGCGGUGGUUACUGUUCCUGCCUACUUCAAUGAUGCUCAGCGCCAGGCAACUAAGGAUGCUGGUACUAUUGCUGGACUGAAUGUGAUGAGGAUCAUCAAUGAGCCGACUGCUGCCGCUAUAGCUUAUGGCCUUGACAAAAAGGAUGGGGAGAAGAACAUCCUGGUCUUUGAUCUUGGUGGUGGCACCUUUGAUGUUUCCCUGCUAACAAUUGACAAUGGUGUCUUUGAGGUGGUCGCCACUAAUGGCGAUACCCAUUUGGGUGGUGAAGACUUUGACCAGCGUGUAAUGGAGCAUUUCAUUAAGCUUUACAAGAAGAAAACUGGCAAAGAUGUGCGCAAAGACAACCGUGCUGUGCAGAAGCUGCGUCGUGAGGUAGAGAAGGCCAAGCGUGCACUGUCAGCUCAGCAUCAGGCUCGCAUUGAGAUCGAGUCCUUCUUUGAAGGUGAAGACUUUUCUGAAACUCUCACCCGUGCAAAGUUUGAGGAGCUCAACAUGGAUCUUUUCCGUUCCACCAUGAAGCCUGUGCAGAAAGUCCUGGAAGAUGCUGAUCUGAAGAAGUCUAAUAUUGAUGAGAUAGUUUUGGUGGGUGGCUCCACCCGUAUACCAAAGAUUCAGCAACUGGUGAAGGAGUUUUUCAAUGGCAAGGAGCCAUCCCGAGGCAUCAACCCUGAUGAGGCUGUGGCUUACGGAGCAGCUGUGCAGGCUGGAGUGCUGUCUGGAGAGGAAGAUACAGGUGACCUGGUUCUGUUGGAUGUGUGUCCUUUGACUCUUGGAAUUGAAACUGUGGGAGGGGUUAUGACCAAACUCAUCCCUAGAAACACUGUUGUGCCCACCAAGAAGUCUCAGAUCUUUUCUACAGCCUCUGACAAUCAGCCCACUGUUACAAUUAAGGUGUAUGAAGGUGAGCGUCCCCUGACCAAAGACAAUCAUCUCCUUGGUACCUUUGAUCUGACAGGCAUCCCACCUGCACCCCGUGGUGUCCCUCAGAUCGAGGUCACCUUUGAGAUUGAUGUAAAUGGCAUCUUGCGUGUAACUGCAGAGGACAAGGGUACAGGCAACAAGAACAAGAUUACAAUUACUAAUGAUCAGAACCGGCUUACACCUGAGGACAUUGAGCGCAUGGUGAAUGAUGCGGAACGGUUUGCUGAUGAGGACCGGAAGCUGAAGGAACGCAUUGAUGCACGUAAUGAGUUGGAGAGCUAUGCCUACUCGCUGAAGAACCAAGUGGGUGACAAAGAGAAGCUCGGUGGCAAACUGUCUGCAGAGGACAAGGAAGCAAUUGAGAAAGCUGUGGAGGAGAAGAUUGAGUGGCUGGAGUCUCACCAAGAUUCUGAUACUGAAGAGUUCCAGGCCAAGAAGAAAGAGCUGGAGGAAGUGGUCCAACCAAUUGUUAGUAAGCUAUAUGGCAGUGCAGGUGGUCCACCUCCUGAGGAGGGGGAAUAUGAUGGUCAGGCAGAAAAGGAGGAGUUGUAAUCGCACAACUAUUCAUCUUCCAAUUUUCUUAAAGCCCUCGUUGCUUUGGAUGGAUUGCUGGUGUAACUACACAGGGGUGAAUGAACUAAGAUGGAGGGGAAGAGUGACAGCUCCAUAUCUUCUGGAAAGACAGAGGGAAAGGAAAUUUGAAUGUUGUGUUUCUUCACUGGGAAGUGGAGAUUUAAAAGUUGGCCUAGAUUAAGGCUCACUUCUGCUGUUCUGGCAGUUUAAUGGGGUUUACUUUGGGGGUUGGGUGGUGAGGUAAGAUGGGCGUGGUGUUCACAAUUGUCUUGUUUUAUUUAUUUGAUCAGAUCCUCCUUGGACAAUUGUAGAAAACAUUUCUACUGGAAACACCUUGAAAUAAAUGUUUGAUAUGAAUGUGUAUGCUUGUAUUUCUUAAGUUGCAUAGUAAAUUGUACUCAACAUAUGAUCAGCACUAUACUAUCAACUUCCAAAAGACAUUUACUUAUGUGCCAUUGGGUAAGCUCUAGUGGUUACUUGAAGCAUGGCCAUUUGAAUGACUUUAGUAAAUUGUUCUGUAAGUAACCAACCAAAAAAAAAAAAUCAGAAGUGUAACUACUCCUACCAGGUUAAGCUUUACCUCUGUGCAUUUGUAUAAUGUGUGCAUUUAGCCUGCAGGGAUCACUUAUUGGGCCCAAAACAAGAUGUCUUGCUACAGUAGUUAUUCAUGUAACAUGUUAAACUUGGCUGCUGAAAUUCCUUUUGUGUGAAUUGGUGUGAGGAGAUUGAAUGCCUCUAAGGGGGGGAAAAAUAAAGAUUAGUUUUUGGACCAACACA